AUGUCGGUACAAGAGAAUCAUCAACUGUCGGGAGACUUUGACAAGGUCAGAGACGAUAUCAUGGCCAUCCUCAAGAUGAAGGACUACGAUGAUGGAAGCAUCGGACCCGUCCUGGUCAGAUUGGCGUGGCACUCUAGCGGCACCUACUGCAAGGAGACGGACACCGGUGGCAGCAAUGGAGCAGGUAUGAGGUACGAGUCGGAAGGAGGUGACCCCGCCAACGCUGGUCUGCAACACGCCCGUACUUUUCUAGAGCCCAUCAAGGAGAAGCACCCCUGGAUCACCUACGCAGAUCUCUGGACCCUCGCCGGCUGUGUAGCCAUCAAGGCCAUGGGCGGUCCAGAUGUACCCUGGAAGGCCGGCCGCUCCGACUUUGCCGACGAGUCUCUCAACCCACCUCGUGGUCGUUUGCCAGACGGAGCCCAGGCGGCUGACCAUCUCAGACACAUCUUCUACAGGAUGGGAUUCAAUGAUCAGGAGAUUGUGGCGCUGAGUGGAGCUCAUAAUUUGGGAAGGUGCCACACGGAUCGCUCUGGAUUCGACGGAGCUUGGGUGGUCCAGCCUACUCGGUUUUCCAAUCAGUACUACAAGCUGCUGAUGAAGCUCGACUGGCAGAAGAAGAAGCUGUCCAACGAGUCUGCCGAAAAGGGAGCUUCGUGGCAGUGGGUUGCUCAGGCUCCUGGUGCGGAUGAAGAUGAACCUCCCUUGAUGAUGUUGCCUACAGACCACAGCUUGAUCGAGGACGACAGCUUCCGGCCUUGGGUGGAGAAGUACGCCGAGGACAGAGACGCCUUCUUCAAGGACUUUUCCGCCGUCUUUGCCAAGCUAGUCGAGCUAGGCGUGUACAGAGGCGAGGAUGGAAUUGCCCGCUUCAGCCAUCUUGAAAAGGGCAAGUAUGACUCGGCUCCCAAGAAGAGCGAUUCGCCUGGCGCCAAGGGAUCGGGUGAUGGAUUGGCUGAGCCUGCUGCCAAGGAGAAUGAAAAGGGUAUUCCCCAGGCAAGGGCCAAGUUGUAG